AUGGAUGCCAUUUUCCUUACUCUUCUCAUAUCAUGCUCAAGCGCACUUGGUGCCAUAUACGAGAGGCGGGACUGCGGGAAUGUUCUUGCAAACCGUUUGACAGAGAAUGACCAUGUCUCUGUACUCGUACUUGAAGCUGGCGGAUCGACGGCUGAUGUUCUCCUUUCCGAGGUUCCGUUCUUUUGUACGAGCAUAACUCCCAGAACCCCCUGGGACUGGAACUUUACCACAACUGAACAACCAGGAUUGAAUGGACGUUCUGUUCUGUUUCCUAGAGGAUUUGGAUUAGGAGGUAGUUCCGCUGUCAAUUGCAUGUUCUACACGCGUGGUUCAUCUCAAGACUAUGACCGCUAUGCACAGAUCAGCGGUGACCCUGGUUGGGGAUGGGAGGCCUUGCAACCGUACAUUCGAAAGAAUGAACGCGUUGUCCCCCCUUCCGAUCACCACAACACCACUGGUCAGUUCGAUCCCGCAGUCCACGGCUUCAAUGGUAUCAAUUCGGUAUCCCUUCCUGGAGUCUCGCGUCAUACGGAUAGCCGCGUCAUUCAAACUACGUCGGAGCUUCCUGACGAUUUUCCAUUCAAUUUGGAUUACAAUUCCGGAUACCAGUUAGGAAUUGGAUGGACUCAAUACACAAUUGGAAAUGGGACUCGAAGCAGCUCGCAGACGUCCUAUCUUGGAUCCACGUAUAUCGGACGGCCAAAUUUACAUGUCCUGAUCCAUACCCACGUCACCCGGAUCCUACAGUCAAACACCAAAUUCACUAACGAUCGGCUGACGUUUGGUGCUGUUGAGUUUACCCAAGAUGCAGGAGCGCCGGCUCAUCUCAAAGAAAUCAUCCUCUCUGCUGGAUCCGUUGGCACCCCGCACAUCCUCCUUCACUCUGGCAUCGGCGACAAAGCCGAGUUGACAACUCUAGGAAUCACUCCAAGGCUUCAUCUUCCUGACGUUGGGAAGAACUUGACAGACCAACCCGGAUGGUUUGUCAACUUCUUUGUCAACGACACGGACACUAUCGAGAACAUCUAUUUCAGAAAUGCGACUUUUCAAGCAGAAACCUUGGAGGAGUGGCAAGCGAACCGAACAGGAUUUUUAUCAUCGGGUGUAGCGAGUCAGGUAGCGUUCCUUCGUGUUCCUGAAGAAGCCGGCAUAUUGGACAGAGAACCGUGUGCGGGAAAUCAGACCGCGCACUAUGAACUUAUCUUCACGAGCAGCAUCUUGCCGCCACCUACUACUGCAGGAAACUUCUUUUCUAUCGGGACCACGGGUAUAUGCCCUUUGUCGCGCGGGAAUAUCACUAUUAACAGUACGAACCCUCUGGAUGCGCCACUGAUCAAUCCAAACUUUCUCUCACAUCCGCAGGAUCUUGCCAUUAUGCAAUAUGCUGCUGAGAGUGCGAAGAAGUUUGUUACCGCUAUGGCGUGGGAUGGCUACAUACUCGGUAUCGCUGUAAACAUCACCGAGAAUGAUAUCCGGAAUGGAGCUGGCAGUGUAUUACAUCCUGUGGGUACCGCAAGCAUGUCACCGGCUGAUGCAAAUUGGGGUGUGGUAAACCCAGAUUUGAAGUUGAAAGGCGCGAAGGGGGUGAGAAUUGUGGAUGCUUCGAUUUUGCCAUUCGUACCAGCAGGCGCAUACUCAGGCUGCGGUGUAUAUAUUUGCAGAGAGAGCCGCAGAUUUGAUCAAGGCAGAUGUAUAAUGCUAGGAAAACCCAGUAAAUGUUCCAAUGUAUGCAGGGCUUUUGUUUGAAUAUAACAAGCUGACGACGUUAAACGGAU